GGCUCCGCCCACCGGACUUGCUUAAAAGGCAGCGUGGAGCCAGCUUGCCUUUGCUUGCCUUUGCGGCCAUGAGCAGCAGUGCAUGCACCGACAAGGGCCCGGGAGAGGCGCCCGAGGAGAGGCGCUUUCUCAGCACCUCGGAGGCGGCCGCCCUGGAGCGCGAGCUGCUGGACGAGUACCGCUUUGGGCGGCUGCAGCUGGUGGAACUAUGCGGGCACGCCAGUGCCGUGGCUGUGACCAAGGCGUUCCCCUUGCCCUCGCUGUCGCGCAAGCAGAGGACGGUGCUGGUUGUCUGCGGUCCGGAACAGAACGGCGCUGUAGGGCUGGCAUGCGCCCGGCACCUUCGGGUGUUCGAGUACCAGCCCAGCAUCUUCUGCCCGGUGCGUUCAGCCGACGCGCUGCACCGCGACCUGACCACGCAGUGCGAGAAGAUGGACAUCCCCUUCCUGUCUUUCCUGCCGGCCGAGGUGCGGCUCAUCGAUGACGCCUACGGGCUGGUGGUGGACGCAGUGCUAGGCCCCGGAGUGCGGCCGGCGGAGGCGGGUGGGCCCUGCGCGCGCGCGCUGGCCACGCUGAAGCGGCUUUCCAUCCCGCUCGUGAGCCUGGACGUCCCCUCAGGCUGGGACGCCGAGGCUGGCGGCGACGCGCAGGACGCGGUGCAGCCCGACGUGCUAGUGUCCUUCGCUGCGCCCAAGAGCUGCGCCGGCCGCUUCUCCGGGCGCCACCACUUUGUGGCCGGCAGGUUCGUGCCUGAGGACGUGCGCCGCAAGUUUGGCCUGCGCCUGCCAGAAUAUACCGGCACCGACUGCGUGGCCGCGCUGUAACUGGCGCGCGCUGGGACCCGCACCAAUAAACAUCACCACCACCUUC